AUCACAGGUCAGGAGGAUGCCAUGUACGAGGCAAAAGUAACUGUGACGACUAAGGGGCGUAAGAACGAUCUGCCCGUUACCAACGGUGACAUCGUCAGCAUCAUCCGAACGACCAACUGUCCCAAAGGGAAAUGGCUGGCCAGGGACAGCAGCAACAACUAUGGUUAUAUUGCAGUGGAUCAUGUGGAGCUGGAUAUAAAAGAGAUGCUGGAGCUGGGAAAGAAAGCUGCAAGCACUCACAAGAGCAGCAACAACAUUAUCAAGGAGGACGUCACGAGCACGGGGAGCAGGGCCUCAAACCACUACCCGCUGUCAGCAGAAAGUUUCGAAGAUGACAGCGAGGAAUGGACCGGCGACGAUGAAGAACCUGUCUCUCCUGCAACUCAACCUGCAGAUCCACUGGCUCCAAUCAGUCACACCAGGGCGCUCUCGAUGCCUGACAUGGACAUGGUAAACAAAGAGCUUAUUGUGAAUCACCAGCACAGUCAAAGUGACCUCAGUGCAGGUGGCACCCAUGUCCAAGCGAGACAUGAAGCACUUCAGAAGUUGGCGACAUUUUUCCAUGCACCCAAAGCAGUGGAGCCAGCUGCCAGCAGCACUGAACCAGAGACGAGUCCUGUGCUUGUAAAGGAGGAAGCAGCUCCAUUGCCUGAAGCAGCUUCAACACAGGACUUUGAUUUGGAUAAUACCGAUAUGCUCAUUUUACCUCCUCCUGACCUGUAUGCUGACUUCACAGAGUAAUUAUCAUAAAACAAGGAGGAUAAAAAGCAGCCAGGCAGAGGAAACAGGAUUUGUCUAUGUUAUUCUUCACACUGUGACCCGCGUCAGUCACCUAAUACUGUGACGGUAACUUUAUCUUCUUCACUAUGACCUUUUAUACCUGCUGACUGCAUUUAUGGAAAAGUCUGAUGAAGAGGAGGACACAUGAGGAUUUAUCAUCUCAGCAACUAGAACUAUUUUGUGCGAUUUUUCUGAAGCACUCAGUGUGAACCCGCAGAGGGACAGUUCGCCCGGUGGCUCUGAGUGACUUUGAACCUUGGACCAAGAUGAUCCUGGGAAAGGACAUAAAAACUGUUGCAGACACACACCCUGAGGCUCCACCAGAAAAGUCAAAUUUAUUCAAAGUGGAAACAAACAACUUUUCAGCGAUGCCCCCCCAACCAUUUCCAAGUGCUGCUAUGGUUGGCCCCGCUGUUGCCAAGAAAACCGAACCGCUUUACGUUUUUCUCAAAGCAUUUACCACAGUUUCACGGUUACUCUGGUUGUUCAACCAUCCGGCAUUUCGGCGUCUGGGGAAAGUGACUGCAAAGAACUAACACUGAUACUCUUUGGUAACUGAUAGCUAUCAAGGAAAACUAAAGCGCUAUCGGCUUCCUGUUUUGGUUGUGCAAUGGUUGAUGCACCACCUUG